CUCUCUCUCUCUGGCGCGGGCGCGCUCCCUGAGUGUCCAGUGGGUGAGAGGGGGGUGACAGCCACGCUCUACGGACACACGGGUGCUUGCCUCCGUCAUCCUCCAUCGACGGCAUCGCCAUCCGUCCCUCCUCCCUCCCUCGCCGCGGUGCACAAUCUGCCCUUUUCCCUCCCAAUCCAGCUUUGCAUCUGAAUGACGGGCGGAAGGUUCGACUUCGACGACGGUGGCACAUAUUGCGGGGGUUGGGAAGAUGGCAAAGCCCACGGACACGGCAUCUGCACCGGACCCAAGGGCCAGGGCGAGUACGCGGGCUCCUGGUCGCACGGCUUCGAGAUAGUCGGCGUGUACACCUGGCCCAGUGGGAACACCUACAGGGGAUACUGGUCCCAGGGCAAAAGACAUGGACUCGGCGUGGAGAAUAAAGGAAAGUGGAUCUACCGCGGGGAGUGGAGCCAUGGCUUCAAGGGGCGCUACGGCGUCCGGCAGAGCCACAACACACCUGCGAGAUACGACGGCACCUGGAGCAACGGGCUCCAAGAUGGAUAUGGCAUUGAAACAUACGGCGACGGAGGCACCUAUCAAGGCCAGUGGAUGGGCGGCAUGCGUCACGGCUACGGCGUGCGCCAGAGUGUCCCGUAUGGGAUGGCGACUGUUAUCCGUUCACCUCUGCGUACAUCAAUGGCUUCCCUGCGCUCCGAGCAGAGCAACGGCACCGUGCUUCAGGACCUCUCCUCCCCCGCAGACACGCCCACAGGCAACCGCGGCGGCUUCGUGCUCAACUUCCACUCAGACAGCGAGGUCGUGACGGGCAAGAAGAAGGGCCUCUUCCGCCGGGGCUCCCUCUUCGGGAGCCUACGGCAGCUGCGUAAGUCCGACUCCCGGACCUCCAUCUCCAGCAAACGCAGCUCGGCACGCAGCGACGCCACUAUGAGCCGCAUCAGCUCCAGCGACGCCAACUCCACAAUAUCCAUCGGCGAUGGUGAGCUGCAGGACGAGGACCUUCUCCUGGAGGACCACGUGGAUGCCACCACCACUGAGACCUACAUGGGAGAAUGGAAGAACGACAAACGCAACGGAUUUGGCGUUUCGGAGAGAUCCAACGGGAUGAAGUAUGAAGGAGAAUGGCUGAACAACAAGCGCCAUGGUUAUGGCUGCACAGUUUUCCCAGAUAGCACUAAAGAAGAAGGGAAGUACAAAAAUAAUGUGCUUGUGCGUGGAAUUAGGAAGCAGCUGAUUCCUCUAAAGAAUCCCAAAACCAAAGAGAAGGUGGAUCGGGCAGUUGAGGGAGCGCAGAGGGCUGCAGCCAUCGCCAGAAGCAAAGUGGAAAUAGCUUCUUCUAGGACGGCCCAUGCCAGGACUAAAAGCGAGGCUGCAGACCAGGCUGCCGUCUCUGCCGUGCAUGACUCCGAAAUCGCCAGAUCUGUUGCAAGGGAGCUCGCGCCCAACUUCUAUCAGCCAGGGCCAGAUUACGUAAAACAGCAGUUUAAAGAGCCCGUGGAGAUUAAAGAGGUCCCUGUCGAAAAGAAGGACAGCUCGCCGAGUAAUUCUCCCCACUUUUAUCGCAAAGGCACCACUCCCCCUCGUUCCCCAGACAACAAUCCCAUGGGAUCCUCUCCCCCCUCCCCUCACUCCAGCAAGAAGAAAGGUCAUCUCUCCAACAGCAACGGCCGCAAAACCAGCAAGGAUGAACAAGUUUCCCGUAAAAUAAGCAAGGAGGAGAAGUCGUCCCAUAAAACCAGCAAAGACGAACAUUCUAGCAAGAAGAAAGAGGAGCGGUCGUCCGUCCCGGAUGGGCCUAAAAGUUCUCAUAAGCACAUCGAAGCACCCCCUAAACCUGCUAAAGUUCAGCAGGUGAGCCCACCGUCUGCUGCUCCCCCUCAACCUCCUGCACAGCCUCCUGCCAUCCCGGUCAACGGCCAGCUCCACACAGAGUACCACAGCUACUAUGUCAAAGCCCCCGUCAAAGGCCCUCCACCCCCUGACCCAGAGGAGGACCCUGAGGAAGAGCCGAGUGCCCUGGUUCUGGCACGCCUGCCACCACAACCCAGGUCUGUUAGUACUCCGACACCGAAGCCGGACUCCAUACGGCAGAGCAAGAACGAACCGAAACUCAGGAAGCAAGAUUCCCUCAAGCCAAAGAGCCUCGCUGACACAAAGAAAGCCAGCAUGGAAAUUGCAGAAAGCACGGAGGAAACGUAUUGACUUGUGGAUCUCUCCUCCAGUCCCUAAUCUGGGCGUGCACGGCGAGCCACGGUGACCCCCCGCUGACCUUCUCGUAAUGAGGUCUCAAGGGGAAAAGCUGAAGCUGGGAAUCAAAGUGUUGCAUUAGAGGUGCGACAACGAGCCUCCCUUUUUGCACACCGCUAAUAAUCACAAUAUUCGGUUGUUUGUUGCAGUUAUUCCUUCUCAUGAGUGUAAAACACCGCGGCAACGGCUUAUUUGUCAGUAAGAGUAUUAAAUGUCGCUACCUGCGGUUUGUAGCGAGCACGUGCAUGGAUCCGCCCCCUUCACACAUGGGGUCCAACCAGUAAGUAUUCCAACAAUUACCAUGCAAUAUCAAGAAUAUUAGAAGAUAGAUUUUUUUCAGAGAAACAUGUGUCUUAUAUUUUGCGCAAUACAACACUGGCAUGGAAACACAGGUAAAUAUACAAAGUUCAUAACAACCGCAACAACUAAGACCAGUAAACGAGGUACUACUGUAGUUACCAUAAACAGAUAUGCAUUCAUGAUUUGUAUGAGAUGUCUUACUAAAAGAUUUCCGGUACUCUGCAAUUGAGUUGAUUUGUUUUUA